GUUAUUAUCGGUGCAAGUAAUGGCGGCCAGCGGAGCAUGAGCGGAAUCUGAUGUGAUGGCUGAUAAACGUCAGCGUGCGAGAGUGCAGGGGUCCUGGGCCAAGCAACCACCAAAACACUCGGGUCAAACAGGAGGAGCCCUAAACAGCCAGUCCAGGAAUGUUAACACGACUUCAGGUUCUUGGAGUUUUGGAAACCAGACAUCCUCCACAAAUUUUGAGUUUCACCAAUCUGAAAAGCCAAUUAAAGAUGUUCCACCUGAGAGGAUUAUAGAGCAGGCAGGUGAUUAUGAAAUCAGUCGUGAACCGUCUGGAGUAUCUCGACUACGUCUGCGACCCGGGUUUCUGUGCUCAGAGGAGGCUGACUGGAUGUUCAGUAAACUGCUGGCAGAACUGCCCUGGUCCCAGAAGACUAACUACAGACAGGGUGAGGCGUAUGAAGAGCCCAGGCUGACCUGCUGGUAUGGAGAGCUGCCGUACACGUAUGCUCGCUCCACCAUGUCGGCCAACUCACAGUGGCAUCCGUUGCUGCUAACCCUUCGCGAGGCUGUGGAACGGGCGAGUGGAUGCUCCUUUAACUCCCUGCUGUGCAACUUGUAUCGAGACGGGCACGACAGCAUCGGCUGGCACAGCGAUGAUGAGGCGUCUUUGGGUCCAAAACCUUCCAUUGCUUCUCUGAGUCUGGGGGACACCAGAGUGUUCAGCCUCCGCAAGCAGCCCCCGCCGGAGGACGGUGGUGACUACACCUACGUAGAGCGGAUUCGGGUCCCUCUGAGCCACGGGACUCUUCUGCUGAUGGAAGGAGCCACUCAGGAUGAUUGGCAGCAUCAAGUGGCGAAAGAGUACCACGACAGGGGCCCGCGCAUCAACCUGACCUUCAGAACGAUCCAUCCAGAGCCAGAGGGCCACAAGCCGGGCACCAAGACGCAAUUCAUAGCCAAGCAGCCAUAGAGUCCCCACAA